CAACAUCAACAGCUCAAUAAAUUGAAAGACGAAGCACAUGGACCACUCAUAUUCGUUUCCAAUUCGAAUAAAUGUUGUCCUUGACGACGUUGAGACCAAAUGUGGCGUGAAUCGAUGGAAACACCUCACACAUUCUUCAGCAACGCUAUCAUGCUCACUUUCUUGCUUCUGAAUUUGGCUUUGGGAAGAGUUGUCGGGGCCGAUACUUAUAACAGAGACGAUUUCCCGGCCGAUUUUGUUUUCGGUUCAGGCACCUCUGCUUACCAGGUGGAAGGAGCUGCUAAUGAAGAAGGAAGAAGUGAUAGCAUUUGGGAUACCUUUGCCCACGCUGGAUAUGGACAUGGAGGAAAUGGAGAUGUAGCCUGUGAUGGGUACCACAAGUAUAAAGAAGAUGUGAUGCUAAUGGUGGAAACAGGACUUGAAGCCUAUAGAUUUUCCAUUUCUUGGUCCAGACUGUUACCAAAUGGUAGAGGACCCGUUAAUCCCAAAGGAUUGCAGUACUACAACAAUCUAAUCAAUCAGCUCAUCAGCAAUGGAAUCCAACCACAUGUCUCGUUACACAACUACGAUCUUCCACAGGUUCUGGAAGAUGAAUAUGGAGGAUGGGUUAGUCGUGACAUCAUAAGAGACUUCACAUACUAUGCUGAUGUGUGUUUUAGAGAGUUUGGCGACAGAGUCUUGUAUUGGACGACUGUUAACGAACCCAACAUUUUUGCCAUGGGUGGGUAUGAUCAGGGAACCUGCCCACCUCUACGAUGUUCUCCCCCAUUUUGUGCUAUAAAGAACAAUAGGGGCAACUCGACAUAUGAACCCUACUUGGCAGUUCAUCAUAUUUUGUUAGCUCACUCUUCAGCUGCCAGAUUGUACCGGAGAAAAUACUCGAACAAACAACAUGGAUUUGUUGGUAUCUCUAUCUUCUUGUUUGGACUUUUAUCUCAAACAAAUACAGAGAAAGACAGGGCAGCAACUCAACGAGUUCGUGACUUUAUGGUUGGUUGGGUUAUGGAACCCUUGCAGUAUGGAGACUAUCCAAUUUCCAUGAAGAAAAAUGCUGGUGUAAGAAUUCCGGCCUUCACAACUCGUGAAUCUGAACAACUCAAGGGUUCAUUUGAUUUUAUAGGACUCAUUCACUACACCAAUAUCAACAUCACAGACAAUUCUGACGUCCUUAAGAACCAACUGAGAGAUUACGCCGCAGACAUGGCUGCGAAGAUUUUAGGAACGCAUCUGUUUUCAAAUGAAGAGUACCCUAUCACACCGUGGGUUAUGCGAGAAGAAUUGAAUAAAUUCAAGCUCCUUUAUGGCAACCCUCCUAUAUUCAUUCAUGAAAAUGGUCAACGGACAGCAAGCAAUUCGUCACUACAAGACGUGUCAAGGGUGAAAUACUUGCAUGAAUAUAUUGGUGGAGUGCUUGAUGCCUUGAGAGAUGGAGUAAACAUAAAGGGGUAUUUUUCCUGGUCUUUCCUGGAUUUGUACGAGUUGUUGGAUGGAUACGAAGCUAGCUUUGGCCUAUACUAUGUUGAUAGGGAUGAUCCAGAGUUGAAGAGACACCCAAAGCUCUCUGCAAAAUGGUAUAGCCGAUUUUUGAAGAACAGAAGCACUUCUAUAGUUGGAAUUGUUGAACUUGAGAAGGAUCCCUCACUCGUUUCAAUUGGGCAUUUAUUUGAGUAGGUUCUUUGUUUGUUAUCACGAAUAAGUCAUUGCACAGAGGUGUUAUUAGUAUGCGUACUUUCCCUUAAAUACAUAAGAAUAAGAUACCUGGGCAUAUUUCAA